CUUGAACUCCCACUUGCCAUUUGAGCUGCUUGCUUUUGCUGUGUGUCGAUUAGUAUCAGCUCAAGGUUGCCAAGAAAGGUACGCAAAUGAAAGGUGUGCUGGCAGCCGCUCUCUCUUUCCUCUGUAUUACUUUAUCCUUCGAUAUCCCCACCUCGAAACUUAACAAGGCAGUGCUUGUAGGAUACCCACCCACGCCCUAUUUGUUUUUCUAAACACAGUCCCAGUCAGCUGACCAGUUCGGCAGGCAGCCAAAUGCAGAAUCCGAGCGCACAAAGGACUCGAGUGAGUUAACCCAUCCCUGGGUUGAGGAACCGGAGAUUACAGUUAGCUGGGCUGCCACUGGCUUUCCAAAUCAGGUCCAGCCAGAGCAAUGCUGAAUGCAAGAAGCGUCCUGGUGACUGGAUCCAACCGAGGCAUUGGCCUGGAGCUGAUCCGGCAGCUGCUGGGGAAAAGCAAGCGGCCAGAAUGGAUCUUUGCAACCUGCCGGGACCCAGAGGGACCACGUGCCCAGGAGUUGAAGAAGUUGGCUGCUCAACAUCAUGAAGUGAAGAUCAUCCCCCUCGAGAUUACAGACUCAUCCAGCAUCCAGGCUGCUGUAACCAAAGUCACAGAUCUUCUGCAAGGAGCCGGGCUGAAUCUCCUGAUUAACAAUGCUGGGGUGGCAAAGGAUAACAGUCUGGAAUCAGAGACAGCAGAGGACAUGGCCGAGGUGUACAAAAACAACGUGAUAGGGCCCAUGAUGGUGACCCAGGCAUUCCUCUUGCUGAGGAAGGCGUCUCAGGAAAGCCGCCAGAAAGGGAUGAGCUGCAGCAAAGCUGCCAUCAUCAACGUGUCCAGCGAAGGCGGCUCCAUCACCAACAUCCUCAUAUUUGACCUUGUGCCGUGCAUUGGUUACCGCUGUAGCAAGGCUGCUCUGAACAUGCUCACUCGGUGCCAGUCACUGGGAUAUGCGGAAGACGAGAUCCUGUGCGUUGCAUUGCAUCCUGGAUGGGUGCAGACGGACAUGGGAGGAACAGAGGCCACCAUGCCAGUGGAUGCAAGUGCAAGAGCCAUCCUGAACACCUUUGGCCGUCUCACUGAGAAAGACAACGGCACUUUUGUGAACUGGGAGGGGGCAGGCGUGCCUUGGUGAGAGACAGAUCGU